AUGCGGCCAUCCAGAUCGAACAUAGUCGAUUUUAUAUCCUUCGUGCCGGAUGUUGACGAGGCUACAGCUUCUUUGUUUCUCGAAUACGCGAGUAGUAUCAAUGAAGCUGUCGAUCAGUACUACGAGAGCCCUAACCGACAUUCCCACCAGCUUCAUCGACCAACAUCCACUAUGAACAGCUCUAUGGCAGGCUCCACGAGCGGCUGGAACCAGCCUAGCGAUUUUGACCACGCCACUUCUCCCAUAUCCCCCACAGGACCCCCUUCAUAUGCCUUAGCCACAAGAACCAUCUCAUCCUCAAAUGGAAGUCAAACAAGUCGAAGAGCAUCUUUCGUUACAGCAAGUAGCAGUGCCUCCAAUCGUCAACAUGAAAACGCCUUGAUCAGGGCCGCUAAGGUCCGCGCCCAAGAUGAGGCUGAAAUGCAGAAGAUGCUCCACAGCGUUCAACUAUCAUGUCGGAUCUACAACCCCGAGAUUGAACCUGAGCACGAAACAUAUUUGCUUUGUGAAUGCCCUGUUCACAAGUACUGGAAGAGAAGACUCGAUCGCCUCGACGUGCUCGAAAUGUGGUCCAAGGCCGUGCUUUAUCCCGGCGAAAAGCCAUACCAUGAUUUUGCGCACUUGCGCCUGUCUAAUAACAACCCAUAUUCUAAUAUCAUGUCAUCCUAUUCACUCGCGGGAUCUUCGAUGUACGGAAUUGGAAGGCCUGAUCCACAGCUACAUGCUAAGUUCAUCCAGCAAACUAACGCUCUGGACUUGGCUCUCAAUGAGAAGGCACAAGCAGCUCUUCAACUUCUAGAGCCAUCUUUCAAUAUUUGGGAGCUUGAGCAAUUGGAAUCAUUCGUGUCCAACAUGUCUCUUACGCGCCGCACAUCCGCGAAUGGUGAGCUGACUACCGAAAAGGCAUCUAAGCGUUUAAGCUUUAGGAAAGCGCUCUCUGUCAGGAGCUCUGAUGAACGAACUGCUCUCAAAAUCAAGAAGAAACUUGCUGUUUCAUUUGAUUUACGAAAUGAAAUUCUCAAAGAAGAACAGGGCCGAUGGCAAGAUCGUAUCGAUCGACACAUUGUCUCAACUUACCAAGAAAUUGUUGGAAUAGCUCGGGCGGUUGCGGAGAUUCGAACGCAAAUGCCUAUUCAAUAUCUCAAUCUUCUACGAGCAGGAUACUUCGAGCCUAUUCCUGUUUCCUGGCAGUCCCAGGCCUCAAAUCCAUUGAGAUUCGCUAUCGACGCCUCAGCGGGAUGGAGGGGUGUUACGCCUACGUGGAGAGGUUACAGAGAUACCGCUGAAGAACGAGUCUACUGGGUUCUAAACCAUAGAGCUGGAUUUCAACUUACAACGAAACAAGAUUUGAUUUCGGAGCUUGAACUGGCACGGAAACGAAUGGGUUCGGCGGUGGAAUUGCAACCAAGAUAUCACUCUCCCGAUGAUAUUUGUCGCAGUCAAUACCCCCGGGAAGGUUACUCGAAACAGAUUCACCCGCCUGUCCAUGCUACUCGCAAUAUCAGGUCCCCGACAGAUGAGACGAUGAUCUUGAUGGACGCUCGCGGCUCUAUGGAUUUUAAUCCCUUGCUACCCAAUUACAACCAGUAUCUCAUCACGGGAUUUUCAACGGCCAACCAGCCAAAGCACAAAGAGCUCGCAAAGGCUAUUCUAGGUCGCUUCGUCGAAGCACUUGGGAAGUACGACAAUAACGCACAGGGUUACCCACUCGUUACAUUCAGCAGCCAAGCAAACUACAUCAGCUUGGUGAAUGGAAGGAAUCUAGGAGACAUUUGCCGGGCUAUCAAGUUCAUAGGACGCAGUCGCAUCAUGGUUGGAUGGCGAAAGGUCAAGGAGAUGCAUUUCCAGAAACAUUCCGAAACAGCAACAUUCCAUCCUGUUUAUGGGUGGCAGGCCGGAAUUCAAACACCAAGAUUGCGACUAAUCCUAAUGCUUGGCGGCGAGGUCAACGACAUGGAUGAGUUCGAGUUGAACACUCUCGAUGCAUCCUGGGCCUCCAUUACUAUUCUCUUGAUGGGUGCUGACAGCUGUCCUCAUCACCACCGUUUUGCAAGCCGAAUACGGCGGAUGGCUGAUUCGUAUCCACAUAUAUCUUUCGUUGAAGCUCAGGGCCUUGUCCCGGAACGAUAUGUCACGCAUGAGCUUCUGAAGCAUCACAUCGGGCAAGAGCUCUUAAUAUCAGAGUUCGAAGAUUUAGAGCAACAAACAGCAGAGCUUCCGUCUCCAGUAAACGCCCGAACCUGGAGAGCUCAGUCAGGCCAAAGUCAACCGGAAGAAUUACCCAUUGAACUUCCUGGAGAGGAGGAAACCCGGGUCUGGCAACGGGAUCAGAACCUUCCUCACUCGCCGGGCCUCCACGAGCUACCAGACAAUCCAAGGCCUGCAGAACUACCCGUGAACGACAGAUCAUCCCCAGUGCAGCAACCUCCCAGGCCGAAUCGGCCACCUCCCUCAGUACCGCAGCCAGAACAUCCCUUGGAUCCUCCGCCUCCGUAUUUCGAAACUGAAGAGAGUUAG